AUGGUUCCCUCAUAUAUAUCCGGCAAGGAAAACAUUGUUUUUGGUAAUAUUGAGGAGAUCUACCACUUCCAUGAGAAGAUCUUCGAACCUGAGAUUUGUAAGUACGCUAGUGGUGGUGACUUUCUGCCUGAGGACGUGGGUCACUGUUUCGUCUCCUUUGGCGACCGACUGGCGGGUCUCUACGUGGAAUACUGUGUCAACAAAGAAGAUUCUAUGCAAAUCCUUGUAGGUGACACAGAGAACUUCUUUGGGCGUCUCCAGCUGCGUUAUCAGCUGAGUGAGCCACUCCAGUCUUUUCUCAUCAAGCCCGUUCAAAGAAUCACGAAGUACCAGCUUUUGCUACGCGAGAUUCGCGAAUGCUGUGACAAAUCCUCGGCUGGUGAGCUGUCCGAAGGCCUCGAUGUUAUGAUGGCUGUACCCAAAAAGGCUAAUGAAGCCAUACACUUACGAAUGCUUCAGGUAGAUCCGAGUACUAUGUCAACUGUGUCCUGUGCUCGAAUCUUUUCGAUGUCGUUUUUUGCAAUAUUGUUGGAUAUGAUAUUACGUUUGUAA